GCACCUCGCGCCUGGGGCCGGCGGAGCGGACCUGCGCUGGGCUCGCGCGCCGCGGGUGGCUGGGAGGGCGCAGCGGCGAGGACGCGAGCCGCAGGAGACCAGCUGCGCACCUGGAAAGUUACCCGCGAUCUGGUCCCAGGGCAACAUGGGAAAUGGUUCAGUGAAACCUAAACAUUCCAAGCAUCCAGAUGGCCACAUCGGGAACCUCAGCGCUGAUGCCCUGCGAAACAGGGUGACAGAGCUGGAGAGAGAACUGAGGAGGAAGGAUGCUGAGAUCCAGGAGCGAGAGUACCAUCUGAAGGAGCUGCGGGAACAGCUAUCAAAGCAGACUGUGGCCAUUGCUGAGCUCACAGAGGAGCUCCAGAGCAAGUGCAUCCAGCUAAACAAGCUGCAGGAUGUGGUGCAUAUGCAGGGAGAAAGCUCACUCCAGCUUUCUCCGGAGAAGGUGCCUCGGAAGACUUCAGGAUUGGUCCCUCUCCAUAAUAGGAGGGGAGCAAAGGCAGGGGUGUCUGCUGAGCCAACAACCCGAACCUAUGACCUCAACAAGCCCCCUGAGUUUUCUUUUGAGAAAGCCAGAGUCAGAAAGGACUCCAGUGAGAAGAAGCUCAUUACUGAUGCCCUUAACAGAAACCAGUUUCUGAAGAGACUGGACCCUCAGCAGAUCAAAGACAUGGUGGAGUGUAUGUACGGGAGAAGCUACCAGCAAGGCAGCUACAUCAUUAAGCAAGGAGAGCCUGGAAACCAUAUUUUUGUGCUGGCUGAGGGUCAACUAGAGGUGUCCCAAGGAGAGAAGUUGCUAUCAUCCAUCCCGAUGUGGACCACAUUUGGGGAACUAGCCAUUUUAUACAACUGUACAAGGACAGCAUCUGUGAAAGCUGUUACCAAUGUUAAAACAUGGGCACUAGAUCGAGAAGUUUUCCAGAACAUUAUGAGGAGGACAGCCCAAGCUAGAGAUCAACAAUACAGAAACUUCCUCCGAAGUGUGUCCUUACUGAAGAAUUUACCUGAAGAUAAACUAACCAAGAUCAUUGACUGCUUGGAAGUGGAGUACUAUGACAAAGGAGAUUAUAUCAUUAGAGAGGGUGAGGAAGGAAGUACUUUUUUCAUUUUGGCCAAAGGAAAGGUAAAAGUCACGCAGAGUACUGAGGGUCACGAUCAACCACAGCUGAUAAAAACACUACAGACAGGAGAAUACUUUGGAGAAAAAGCUCUCAUCAGUGAUGAUGUGAGAUCUGCUAACAUUAUUGCUGAAGAAAACGAUGUUGCUUGCCUGGUAAUUGAUCGAGAAACAUUCAACCAAACUGUCGGGACGUUUGAAGAACUCCAAAAAUACCUUGAGGGGUACGUGGCGAACCUGACCCGUGAUGAUGAAAAAAGACAUGCGAAGCGGUCCAUGUCUAACUGGAAGCUGUCCAAAGCACUCUCUCUGGAGAUGAUUCAGCUGAAGGAGAAGGUGGCCAGAUUUUCCUCUUCAUCCCCCUUCCAGAACCUUGAGAUUAUCGCAACACUGGGCGUUGGUGGGUUCGGAAGAGUUGAGCUUGUUAAGGUAAAAAAUGAGAAUGUGGCUUUUGCCAUGAAGUGCGUAAGGAAGAAGCACAUAGUUGAUACCAAACAGCAAGAGCACAUCUACUCUGAGAAGAGGAUCCUGGAGGAGCUGUGCUCUCCAUUCAUUGUGAAAUUAUAUCGUACUUUCAAGGAUAAUAAGUAUGUAUACAUGCUUCUGGAAGCCUGCUUGGGUGGAGAACUGUGGAGCAUAUUGAGGGACAGAGGCAGUUUUGAUGAACCCACCUCCAAAUUCUGUGUUGCUUGUGUGACAGAAGCAUUUGAUUACCUGCAUCGACUAGGUAUUAUCUACAGAGACCUGAAGCCGGAAAACUUAAUUCUAGAUGCUGAGGGUUACCUCAAAUUGGUUGACUUUGGAUUUGCUAAGAAAAUAGGUUCUGGACAGAAAACAUGGACGUUUUGUGGGACUCCAGAAUAUGUAGCUCCUGAGGUCAUUCUCAACAAAGGACACGACUUCAGUGUGGAUUUUUGGUCCCUGGGAAUUCUAGUAUACGAGCUCCUAACCGGCAACCCACCCUUUUCUGGGAUUGACCAAAUGAUGACCUACAAUUUAAUUCUCAAAGGAAUUGAGAAAAUGGAUUUUCCCAGAAAGAUAACAAGACGACCUGAGGAUUUGAUUCGGAGGCUUUGCAGGCAAAAUCCAACAGAAAGACUGGGAAAUUUGAAGAAUGGAAUCAAUGACAUCAAGAAACACAGGUGGUUAAAUGGUUUCAACUGGGAGGGACUAAAAGCACGGAAUCUUCCCUCACCUUUACGAAGAGAGCUCAGUGGACCCAUAGAUCACAGCUACUUUGACAAAUAUCCUCCCGAAAAGGGAGUGCCUCCGGACGAGCUGUCAGGCUGGGAUAAAGACUUCUGACAGAAGAAAAGAUGGUUCCUGCCAAGACCCUACUGAAGAAGACUAUAAGGAUCAAUAACCCAACCCUGAGUUUUCCUGUCUUCGAAGUAUUAUAAUAUCUUUUGAAAGGCCAUUAGGGAAAAGAAAUCUCUGCACAAGAGACGGAGGAGAGUGGUACAGAUGUGGUUCUGAAUAAUGUCUCCUUUGGGAUACUAUGAUUUAUUCAUGUAUUCUGCCUUUUGCCUGUAUCAAUGUGGAAGGAUACCCUUUUUCCCUUUUCUAUUGAAAUGGCAUCGUUUUUUUUGUUUUGUUGAAACCUAAUACUUUCUCAAUCAUGGUUUUUUUCCCAUGAAUCCUAAGGUUUAAAAAGUAUCGGCUUCUGAGCAAGUAAAUCAUACAAAAAUGAAGGAAGAAUACAGUGAAUUUUGAAAGAUUUCCGCAGCACUCAACAGUUCCGUGUAUGCAUUGUGUCAUCAUAAUACGGUGGUUUGCAGAAAUCUUGGUAAUCGUUAGAAACCCUUGGCAUUCAUUUGCUUUUAACCUAGAAACAUGCUAAUAUGUUUCUGAUGCUAGUCUGGGGAAAGGCAGGUUUGAGUCUUACAGAGUGACACUUUUUCUAAAACAAAUGAACCAAUUAAUCUAAUCAGACAAUUAUAUUCUAUUGGAGAACUUAGAAAAAAUAAAGCAAAAAAAAUUUCUUUCUCCUGUGACUCUGUGAUUCCACAGAAAACUUUUUAUAAGCCUGUUAAAAGCAAUUAUAAUGUAUGGUUAAAUUAUGGGCCUUGAAAAAAUUUUAUUUUAGGUACUAAAAUGUUUUCUACCAAAGUAGAAAUAUGCUGGGACAAAAUUGUGAUGACUUUUCCUUUCCUUCAAAGAUAAAGGGAAUAAAAUCUACUAAGGUUGUGGACCUUGGAAACUCUGAGAUAAUUUUAGCCAGUUUUGAUUGUUGCUCCCCAAAAAUAACCCCCAUCAAUUUGUAAUGAGAAGUCCAUUGGCAAAUGUCAAUCCACUGUACUCACUGUGGAGUUAAUGGCUGUUUUCAAGGAUAUCUGAAUCAUAGAUAUAUUUAUAAUUUUAACACAUGCCAUUGUAGAACUGUUAAGAUUUUAGACAUGCAUCUAGCAUCUGACCUCUUCCUGUCUCCUCCUGGCAAUCUUCCAGAUAUGAAUAGGGUAAUUUUCUAUAAUGUUGGACACCAGUACCCAAAAACUUGACUAGUGAGUAUUUUCAUGUGUUGGCCUUGGUCACUCUUCUACCCUCCUUCCAAAAUAAAUGGAAAACAGAGCUUUCUCUAUGUCUUAUAAUCUGACAGUAAAAAAAAUCUAAAUUCUAGAACUAUUCAAAUUUCUGAUUAUAUUUUUAUAUGAUAAUAGUCUAUUGAAAACCAACCUCUACCCUCGCCACACACACAUUUUUUACCAUUCAGAGAAAGGUAUCUGUAUGUUUUCUGAAGUCUUGAAUCAGACAAGUGAGGCCUAGAUCAAGGGGGUACAUCCUUAAUAAAUGAAUUUCUACAUUUAGAGUCCUUUUGCCGAACCAAAGAGUUUUUGUUCCUGGAGUAGUAUUUUUAAAGAUUACAUAUUGUACAUAGAAGAUCCAUUUUUAAUAGAAGUGACAUAACCUGCUGAAAGAAUUUCUAAACUUUAUAAAAAAUAUUUUUAUUUGCAUUUUGUUUGUAUGUACUGUAUGUUUUCCAUGUAUAUAUUUUAACAUUACCAACAUAUGCAGGUAAGAAAUUUAUGCAUUGGAUGGAUAUUAGAACUGUACAGAUAUAAACCAAUGAUAUUCUCAAAGAGAUCAAUAGUUAAAAUUUUAAAACUCUACAUAUAGAGAUGAAAACCAGUUUAGAAUACUGCAGGUCUACUUUGCCCAUGAUUAACCACAUCAUCUGUAGUCUACAAAUUUUAUUUUAUUGUUUCUUUUAGAGUAUCUUAUAAAGAUGAAAUAUAAGUGCUUGACCCAUCAUAUAAUCCCAACUCUACUAUUUCUAGCUGGGAAAAUAAUUUACUGUUUGAGUACGAACUAUCUCACUUGUGGAAAAAGGCACAGCAAAAUAAUAUCUACUUUAAAAGCUUGUUCUGCCCUUUAUAAAAAUUAUGCAGAGUUCUUUGUCUAGUUUCGAUGAAAUAAUCAAUGCUGCAUAUAUGGGAGCUACUGUUAUUAUCUCUGUUAAAAUUCAAGAAGCCUUACUGACCGUUUAGUGCUGGACCUUAUGUAUCACUGGUGUCUGUAUGUGCAGUUGUACCAAUUAAAUCCAGUAUCUGUUCUUCCUUUGUCUGAUGUCUACAAGUAAAGAGGGUUGAUCAAACUUCAGUGUAUGAAAUGAAGGGUUAAUCCUCAACAAAUGAGGUGUGUUAUUAAGCUAACCUACAUGGUAAUUUUUAUAAAUUGAACACACAAGAAAAUAUAUAGAAUUAUCUUAGUCUGUAUAAAUUCAUAAGAUGCCUAAUCAUUAAGUCAUCCCUAAUCUUUCUUUUCUAAGGUGGAAGGUUAAUUUUUCAUUUUCAAGCUUCUUCCAGGUACCGACAGCUUUUCAUAAUUAUGGUUUGUAGUCUUUUCUCAAAAUAUUAAUAUGUCUGGAGAGAAAAGAACAUAAUAAAGAAAAAUAUGAGAUUAAUAGUAAAAAA